CAUCUAGCAGCAGCAGCAGAGAAAAUGAUUUCAGAGGAUGAGUCUUUCAUGAGGGGGCGAAUAGUGAAGAGUGUGUGUAGCUUGUGCGUCUCCGCGGGAACUGCUGGGAGUGAGACAGUGCGCUGGUGCUGAAAGGACAGCUCCUCUCUCUCUCUCCCUCACUCUCCCUCACUCUCUCUCCCUCUCUCUCUCACUCUCCCUCACUCUGUCUCCCUCUCCCUCACUCUCUCUCCCUCACUCUCUCUCUCUCCCUCACUCUCUCACUCUCCCUCUCUCUCUCAGGCACUGGCACAAGGAGGGGCUGGGCAAGGAGAGGGCACCGCGUCCUCCUCCACCACCUCCAUCGAUCUACUCACAGUUUCCCUUUAAUAUAAUGGCAAUCUCCUGGGCUCCAAGCUGACUCACGCUUUCAAUUAAAAACUCAAACAGGAGAUCAGGAAUUCCCAAUUUGUGCGUGAACGCGCAUUUAAUGGCUACCGCCUGUUGUUAGUCUGACUUCAUCAGCUAGCAUAUGGUUAAAGCCAAGGCAAGAAUGAAGAUAAGCUGUAAAGAGACCAGGGGUGGAAGAGAGCUGUGGUGUCGCUUCCAAAACCCUGUCACUUACCGAAAAUAGUCCAACAAGUACUUUGUCACUGGAACUGGAAAUUGACUGCCAAACGCCUGAACCACUUUAUUCUCUUUAAGCAGUUAGCCUACUUUCCGCUGACCCCUGUUCGCGACAUGUCGCAUACAGAGCAAUGGGUAAGAUCGACGAGAACGAGAGAAUAAUCCUCAACGUAGGGGGUACAAGGCACGAAACUUACCGAAGCACCUUAAAGACAGUGCCCGGGACACGGCUGGCUCUGCUUGCCUGUGAAUCGCAAAGUGAGCAAGGGCUGGACCAGCAGACAGUGUCGGGCUCCUUCAACAUCACCUCCAGAGGCAACGAAUUCUUCUUCGACAGGCACCCCGGAGUCUUCGCCUAUGUCCUUAACUAUUACCGCACCGGCAAGUUGCACUGCCCCGCAGAUGUGUGCGGGCCCCUUUUUGAAGAGGAGCUGGCGUUUUGGGGCAUUGAUGAGACGGACGUGGAGCCUUGUUGCUGGAUGACCUAUCGGCAGCACCGGGAUGCAGAAGAAGCUUUGGACAUCUUCGAAACUCCGGACCUGAUCACAGGGGAACCACCGCCUAUAGAUGAAUAUGAGGAGGAUUUGGGUAAGAGACUGGCAAUUGAGGACGUGGUGUGCCCCGAUGGCAAAGUCGGUCGUUGGAGAAGACUACAACCUCGCAUGUGGGCUUUAUUUGAAGAUCCAUAUUCUUCCAGAGCCGCCCGGUUCAUCGCCUUUGCUUCCUUGUUCUUCAUUCUGGUAUCUAUAACAACCUUUUGCUUGGAGACUCAUGAAGCAUUUAAUACCAUCAUUAACAAAACGGAAACUGUAAACAAUGGUACAGAAUUAAUCUCAUUGAUUGAAAUAGAAACUGAUCCAGCCUUGACGUAUGUGGAAGGAGUAUGCGUGGUUUGGUUCACAUUUGAGUUUUUAGUACGUGUCAUUUUCUGCCCUGACAAACUUGAAUUCAUCAGAAAUCUUCUAAAUAUAAUAGAUUUUGUGGCAAUUCUGCCCUUUUAUUUGGAAGUUGGACUGAGUGGGCUUUCCUCCAAAGCUGCUAAGGAUGUACUAGGGUUUCUCAGGGUUGUUAGAUUUGUUCGCAUCCUUCGAAUUUUCAAACUGACCCGCCAUUUUGUAGGACUUAGAGUGCUGGGGCACACACUUCGAGCUAGCACUAAUGAAUUUUUGCUUCUCAUUAUUUUUUUGGCUCUGGGAGUCUUGAUAUUUGCCACAAUGAUCUAUUAUGCUGAAAGAAUAGGUGCCAGUCCAAGUGAUCCUUCAGCAAGUAAACAUACACAGUUCAAAAACAUUCCAAUUGGAUUCUGGUGGGCUGUGGUAACUAUGACUACCCUGGGAUAUGGGGAUAUGUACCCUCAGACUUGGUCAGGGAUGUUGGUAGGUGCAUUGUGCGCUUUGGCUGGUGUACUUACAAUAGCAAUGCCUGUUCCGGUCAUUGUUAACAACUUUGGAAUGUACUAUUCACUCGCUAUGGCAAAACAGAAGCUUCCUAGGAAAAGAAAGAAAUACAUUCCUCAUGCUCCUCAGACUGGAUCCCCUACUUUUUGCAAGAUGGAUUUAAACAUGGGAUGCAAUAGCACACAGGUAGACACAUGUCUUGGGAAAGACAACAGACUGAUGGAACACAAUAUGUCAGGUGAAGACAGUUCAGGAAGUGACCAGCCACUCUCCCCUGGUGAAAGAUAUCCCAUAAGGCGUUCUAGUACCCGGGAUAAAAACAGAAGAACCGGAACUUGUUUCCUGUUGACCACAGGUGAAUAUACGUGCAAUACAGAUGGAGGGAUACGGAAAGGAUAUGAGAAAUCCAGAAGUUUAAACAACAUAGCUGGCCUGGCAGGCAAUGCUCUAAGACUGUCUCCAGUAACAUCACCGUACAGCUCACCUUGUCCUCUAAGACGCUCUCGAUCUCCCAUCCCAUCUAUAUUAUAGUGGAUAUUACAUCAGUCAACUAAAUAGAAUUCUCUCAAGCACUCUUUACCUCAUGAUGGAAAAAAGAGAUCUCAUAACAACUGGAGCCUUUGUCAUGAACAGAAAUGUCCAGCUUAAGGCUCUUAUCCCAUGCUGAAACUUGUAAAUCAACAUCUGCUGGUGUCUCAGGUUGAACAUCCUCCAUCUAGACAAUUUUAUUACUGUGUUAUUUUAAAUGUAAAUGCUAAGAAACACAUUUUUGUGAGCUGGAGAUUUCCUCAUCCCAGUUUUUAAAAUGUAUCUUAAGGUGUUUCUACAUUUCUACCGACUUAUCAUUUCCCCCUGGCAAUAAAAAAAAGAAUCAAAAGUUGAUCUGCUGGCCUGUAAUCUCAAUAAAUACAUGUAUUUUCAGGGAAAUACAGCAAUAUCAAUGUGCUUCCAAAUGAUAAUAAACACACCAAUGAAAGGUUCAUUUCUUGUGAGCUUCUAAUCCAUUCUGAAGACCACUGGAAUCCUGUCUUUAUCACUUGCAGUGUAACCAAUCAGACCAUUUGCAUGGGCCAUUCCGUCUACACAUCAUAUCAACGCAAUGUUGCAAAAUUGUGGGGCUGUUAAACAGCUCUGAACAUACGCUUGGCAUCCCACCAUUUGCUAACCAGUUGUCCUGCCAGUAGUUUGCUUUUUUAUUCUUUCUCUACAUGAUCACAGUUUGAAUUUUAGAUGAACUGAUUAUUUUACAAUGUGCUAAAAAAAUCUUGUAAUAGAGUUGCGAAUAUCUUUGGUUGUU